GUCACUCAGCUAAGCUAAGCAAAGCAAACUAUGCUCCGAAGUUUCAACGCGCACAAAGACCACUUGAAGAUGGAAGGUUCCAGUCAGAUGUCAGUCAAGCGCAUCGUCCUGAACGCCAGGACUCUCCUUGCAUGGAGGAAGAGUCGCCAUACAUCAAGAAGGUGGAGGAAGAAUUCGUCCACAUUAAAGAGGAGCAGGACGAGUAUUUUAUUAGAGUGGUGAACCCCCACAUUGAGGAGAAGCAGCAACCUCAUCCUCUCAAAAAGGAGGAGGAGGAGGACCCUCCAUAUGUUAAAGUGGAGGUGGUGGACAUCCCCAAGUGGACUGAUGAGCCCUUGAAGGGUGAAGAUGGCGGUGUGAGUGAGGCCAGCAGAGGGACGGAGCUUCAGAAUGGCAGCAAGAGCAGUUCAAAAGAAGGAUCCCAAGAAGACAACCUCAACGCUCGACCAUCAGAGAGUGACGAUUUUACAUCACACUCCCUGUUCUGUUUAAGCAAAUAUCUUGGUCCUGACGCUCAACAGCUAAAGAGAGAAGUACAACUUCCAAUCAAAAAGGAGGAGGGAGAGCUGCCAUACAUUAAAGAGGAGGGCGAUAUCACCGUGUCGACUGGUGAGCCCUUGAAUAGCGAGGAUGGUCCGAGUGAGGCCAGCAGAGGGACGGAGCCUCCAAGCAGCAGCUCAACAGAAGGAUCGCAAGCACACAUUUUCAUCGCACCAUCAGAUAGAAAUGGCGCCACGUCACACUCACCUUACAAAGAUGAUGAUCAGAAGAAAUCUCAACGUGGGAAAACCUUUGCUAAUAACUAUACUUGUCGUAUGCAUGUGAGGAGCCACACUGGUGAAAAUCCACUUGUCUGCUCAGUUUGUGGUAGAGGAUUCACUCAACUUCACCACUUAAAGGGACACACAAGAACUCACACUGGUGAAAAACCUUUUUCCUGCUCAGUUUGUGGUCAAAGAUUCAGUGACAAGCUCACCUUGAAACGACACACAAGGACCCACACUGGCGAAAAACCUUUUGCCUGCUCAGCUUGUGGUCGAGGUUUUGCUGCAAAGCAUACCUUACAAAUACACAUAAGAACGCACACCGGGGAAAAACCUUUUUCCUGCUUAGUUUGUGGUAAAAGAUUCGCCCAGAAGGAAUACUUAACAAAACACACAAGAACCCAUACUGGUGAAAAACCUUUUUCCUGCUCAAUUUGUGGCCAAAGAUUAAGUCAAAAGAGCAGCUUCAACAAACACCUAAGAAUCCACACUGGUGAAAAACCUUUUUCCUGCUCAGUUUGUGGUCAAGGAUUCAGUCAUAAGAGUGGCUUAAAAGUACACACAACAACCCACACUGGUGAAAAACCUUAUUCCUGCUCAGUUUGUGGUCAAAGAUUCCGUGACAAGCUCACCUUGAAACGACACACAAGAACCCAUACUGGCGAAAAACCUUUUGCCUGCUCAGUUUGUGGUCAAGGAUUCGCUCAGAAGCAAAACUUAAAAAGUCACGAACGAACCCACACUGAUGAAAAACCUUUUUCCUGCUCAGAUUGUGGUCAAGGAUUCAGUCAUAAGAGUGCCUUAAAAGUACACACAAGAACCCACACUGGCGAAAAACCUUUUUCCUGCUCAGUUUGUGGAAAAAGAUUCACUAACAAGAGUGACUUAAACACACACACAAGAACCCACACUGGUGAAAAACCUUAUUCCUGCUCAGAUUGUGGUAAAAAAUUCUCUCACAAGAACGCCUUAAAAAGUCACACAAGAACUCACACAGGUGAAAAGCCUUUUUCCUGCUCAGUUUGUGGAAAAAGAUUCACACAGAAGAGCAACUUAGACAGACACACAACAACCCACAAUGGCCAAAAGCCUUUUUCCUGCUCAGAUUGUGGGCAAGUGUUCAGUUAUAAGAGUGCCUUAAAAGAACAUACAAGAACUCACACUGGUGAAAAACGUUUUUCCUGCUCAGUUUGUGGUCAACGAUUCACUCGGAAGCAACACUUAAAAGAACACACAAGAACCCACACUGGCGAAAAACCUUUUUCCUGCUCAGUUUGUGGUCAAAAAUUCGUUCGCAAGGAUCAGAUUAAGAGACACGUGUGUAUUGGUGUGAGAAGCAGUGGCCAAUGACUGUUUUUUGACAAUGAGUGAGGUUGUAUUAUUUACCUGACGUGUUUCGGCGACUACUUCCGCCGUCAUCAGAGUUUCACUGAUGUUGGUGUGACGCAUCAUUCAUCAGCUGAUGGAAGAUGAAGGCGGAACUAGUCACCGAAACAUGUCAGAUAAAUGAAACAACAUAAAACGCCUUGUCUGGGAUAAAAGAAAAAUUCAACUAAUAUAUGGACAUGUUUGUUGUUAUUUCACCUGUUUUUGCUUAGUACAUUUCCUCACAUGUUCAUUCAUAGUUCUUUUACCUUCAGUGAGAAUUGACAGUGACACUUGACGAGUCUAAAUAAAUGAUGGACAGUAGAUAAAAUAAAUAAGCCUCUUCAACUCUUUCUUUUCUCUUAAAAGUGCCUGUGAUGCGAUAAAAAAAUUAAAAAAAAAAAAAAAUCUUAAAUAGCGUUAUUAUUGCACUUUAAAUCACAUUUUGAGACGAUCCGACUAUUUACAAUGAUUUGGCAAAGCGUAGAUGAUGAGAAAUGAGUCUUUUACGAGAGUAGUUAUUUUAGUGGUUUUCGAAUUCAGCUCAAUGGAGGAGGAAGCGUUUUUUAGCGAUUCUUGUUCAAGUGUGGAUCUUUCAAGUGAUGUCCAUCCAGAGGAAGCCUGUGGCAUACAGCCAUAUAUGCUUGUCAUCUUGUAAUAAUCUUCGAGAGCCCUCUGGUAUUGCAUCAAACACAAUAGAAUACGAGGUGUAACAAAAUUCUUUACAUGUAAAAAGUUGACCUUCAUUGUUCAAUAAUUGACUGAGAAAAUUUUGUUUUUGACCCAUCUUUCAAUACAUAAAGAUUUAUUUCGAUAUUGUAUAGCUUGAUUGUUCAUAAUGUAAUAUCUGUGGAGAAAAAUUGUUUAUAUAUCAUUGUCCAUAACAUAAGGAGUUGAGUGUGGAAUUUGGCUGAUUCAACUUGUACCUUAGAAACGUUGGAAUUAGACCUUAAAAGAAAUUCAAGACUUCCUACAGAUUUAAAGAUAUGUGUAGUGAUGAAAUUUCAUAUUGAGUUGGGAUUUUUCAUUUAUAAUUUAUUCCAUUUCGUUUUAAACAAUGUCUCAAAGAAGUAAAGUCUAAAGGGUUAAAGCCUCCUGAAGCUACAUUAUUUAUCUUAACAUUGUUUUUUUAUGUAAUGCAUUUUGUUUUUCCAAAUGAAAUAGAAUAAAAUCUGUCUAUUUUAAUACAAAGAUCUCCUCACACAUAAAGCGUCAUCGCUGUAAAUAUCAACCUGGAAUUAACUUCUACUUUAGAGACUAAUGAUCUACCAGGCUACUCUCUGUAGCCCAGUACUUCUCAAAUAGUGGGGCGCGCCAGGGGUGGCGCAUGUGACCUCGGGGAACAUAUCUUUUUAAAAAUCUUUUUUUUGCCGUACUAGAAUAAAGAGUACUUGCACAUCCACUCAGUGGUUGGCAGUGGCACUCUCAUUUUCAUAGUGCACGCAGUAUUUUUGAACUACGCAAGAGGACAGAAAAGAGAUAUGAAGAG